CUGUCUACCAGGAGGAAGGAGGCAGAAGGAGAGCAGGCACUGAGAGAGCUCCUCUUCAGGAUCUGGAGACUGAUUCUGGAGAGGUACCAUGGGCCAGGUUGUGUGCUGUGGGCAGAAGGAAGAAGUACUGCAUGAAUGUGAGGCCUGCAGCAAGUGGCCUCUCCUGCCAGGGAGGAGUUCUGUCCUGCCAGCUGCUGAGCUGUGGACUAAUGGGAUACACAGCGGUUUGCUCCGGCCCUCCUUGGGCCCACCACACAGAUGUGUGCAGGAACAGUGGAUAACAAAUAACGGCCAAUGGGCAAACAAUGGAGCUCUGACAGGGAGUCAGCUCCUCUGGGGAAACCAUCCCUUGCCCCACCCUCCACCUGCCACCGCCCAGCAAGCCCUCCGGGAGAAAAGCCAUCCUUGCCUCCGGUGAAGGUCUUGGUGGGCCUCUCUCUGCGUUGGACCCCCUCUCUGUUCCAGCCUCCCAUGCCGAGGCCCACCUUGUCAGUCACUUCCUUUUGUCAUCGGCUUGGCAAACGGGAGAGAAAACGGAGCUUCAUGGGAAACAGCAGCAACAGUUGGUCCCAUGCACCAUUUCCCAAGUUGGAGCUGGGCCUGGGGCCCCGUCCCACGGCACCCCGGGAGCUGCCCGCCUGCUCCAUCUGCCUGGAGAGACUUCGUGAGCCCAUCUCACUGGACUGUGGCCACGACUUUUGCAUUCGGUGCUUCAGCACACACCGGGUCCCAGGCUGUGAGCCGCCCUGCUGCCCCGAGUGCAGAAAGAUCUGCAAGCAGAAGAAGGGACUCCGCAGUCUGGGGGAGAAGAUGAAGCUCCUGCCACAGCGACCUCUACCCCCUGUGCUGCAGGAGAACUGUGCCGUGAGGGCGGAGCCACUUCUCCUUGUACGCAUCAAUGCUUCUGGAGGCCUCAUCCUUAGGAUGGGGGCCAUCAACCGCUGCCUGAAGCACCCCCUGGCCAGGGACACCCCUGUGUGCCUCCUUGCUGUCCUGGGGGAGCAGCACUCAGGGAAGUCCUCUCUCCUUGAUCACUUGCUCCGAGGCUUGCCGGGCUUGGAGUCCAGUGAGGGCAGCUGGCCCAGAGGAGGAGAGGGUUUCUUGCAGGGAUUCAGGUGGGGUGCUAAUGGCCUUACCAGGGGCAUAUGGAUGUGGAGUCACCCCUUCCUGCUGGGGAAAGAAGGGAAGAAGGUGGCUGUGUUCCUCGUGGACACAGGGGAUUCGAUGAGCUCUGAACUGAGCAGGGAAACAAGGAUCAAGCUCUGUGCUCUCACCAUGAUGCUGAGCUCCUACCAGAUCCUGAAUACCUCCCAGGAGCUGAGGGACACAGACCUGGAUUACCUAGAGAUGUUUGUACACGUGGCCGAAGUGAUGGGCAAACAUUAUGGGAUGGUGCCAAUCCAGCAUCUGGACCUCUUAGUUCGUGACUCAUCCAUCUCCAAUAAAGCAGGGCAGGGGCACGUGGGUGAUAUCCUGCAGAGAUUGUCCAGCAAAUACCCCAAGGUCCAGGAGCUGCUGCUAGGGAAACGAGCCCGUUGUUACCUCCUGCCCAAGCCAGGGAGGCAGUGGGUGAACAAAGGCCAAGGAAGCCCAGGAGGUGAUGCAGAUGAGGAUUUCUGCCACCUUCUUCAGCCCUACGUUUCUGAUGUUCUGAGCACAGCUCCCCAGCACGCAAAGAGCCGCUGCCAGGGAUACUGGAGCGAGGGGCGCACAGUGGCCAGGGGGGACAGACGCCUGCUCACGGGGCAGCAGCUAGCUCAGGAGAUCAAGAACCUCUCAGGCUGGAUGGGGAGAACGGGGCCAGGUUUCAGCUCUCCGGAGGAGAUGGCUGCUCAGCUGCAUGACCUGAGGAAAGUGGAAGCUGCCAAGAAGGAAUUUGAGGAGUAUGUGAGGCAGCAGGACAUAGCCACCAAGCGCAUCUUUUCUGCUCUCCGGGUCCUGCCUGACACCAUGCGGAACCUCCUCUCCACCCAGAAGGAUGCCAUCUUGGCCCGCCAUGGCGUGGCCUUACUGUGCAAGGAGAGAGAGCAGACCUUGGAGGCUCUGGAGGCUGAGCUGCAAGCCAAGGCCAAGGCCUUCAUGGACUCCUACACUAUGCGCUUCUGUGGCCAUCUGGCUGCCGUGGGGGGUGCCGUAGGGGCCGGGCUCAUGGGCCUAGCAGGGGGUGUGGUAGGUGCCGGCAUGGCUGCAGCUGCGUUAGCUGCAGAGGCUGGGAUGGUGGCAGCCGGGGCGGCAGUGGGAGCUACAGGGGCUGCCGUGGUUGGGGGUGGUGUGGGCGCUGGGCUGGCUGCCACUGUGGGCUGCAUGGAGAAGGAGGAGGAUGAAAGGGUGCUCGGAGGGGACCGAGAGCCCCUUCUCCAGGAAGAGUGACCAGCCUAGGACAUGUUAAAGGGCAGGAGAGAUGUGAAGUGGGGGAAGAAAGUAGUGGGGGUGGGACCGAUCCAGGGGUUCUGAGGGCCCCACAACUACCAUCCUGCCCCUGUUGAAUGCUCAGUGUCCAGGUAGCUGGCUGAGCUGGGGACUCAGGAUGGUUCCAGGAAUCUGGAGGUGCUUCCUGUGGGUCAGGAGGCAGUACUUGGAGGCAGUGAAUAGAGCAUCGUGCCUGUGUCUAUAAUGGUUGCUGAUUUGCUGCCCUCCUAGUCCUAGGUAAACUUGACUCCUGUUUAUUUCCUUGGACGAUCCUGGAUUAUAGGAGGGUUGAGCAGAUACCAUCCUAGAAGUCUACCCCUGUCCUUUCCUAGAUGGGAGAGGCCCCAGGAUGAUUGACCUUGAUGUUCGGGAGGCAGGAGCACUAACAAGGGGCUGGGAGAGAGGAAGGGGAUGCAGGACUGAGCCAAAGAGGCAGGGUAUAAGAGAGAGGCCUAAACCCCUGAAGAGUCAGACUUGCUUUCAGGACUCUUCCCAUAGCUGCUGCAGCUGGAUUAAGGUGUCUGCCUGCCCUCUGCUCUGUGGCUGGAUGUCUGUCUGUGCAUCCUGAGCCACCCCUGCACCCAGCCCUCUCUGCAGGCCUCUCUUGGGCUUAUGCCCUUUGUCAAGCCUAUUCAGACGGAGAAGUGCCCAUGUUCUUUGUGGACUGCCCUCACCACAAUCGAUUAAAUGCCAAAGAAUCACACUUCAAUCGCAUUCUGUGCUAAUAAGUCUAUGCCAGAUUCUGUCAAAGUCUUGCAAAGGAAAACAAAGUGUGCAGAUUCUAUCCUUAAACAGACACUUUCUCCCCUGAGCUUGUGUGAGAGGCCACUUUAUUCCAUCUUUGCAACUCCCUCAAUGUCAGGCCCCACAAGGAACAUGAGAGCAGGAACUUCUCCCUGGGGGAUGUAAAGUCCUACUAGGAAGACUUUUGGGCUAUUAAGCUGUAACGAAUGCUGAGAACAUGACCCUCUAUUUUAUUAAAAAUAAAAUGUGUGUAUCUGAA